AGCAGAGCAUCCCAUAUCGGCUUUAAUAACAUCGAUCGAAUUGAAUCAGAGGGAGCUAGAAGCCAGAAUCGAGGAGGAGGAGAUGAAGGUGGGAGCAGUUUUGGUGGCAGUGACGAUAGCUUGCGUUGCGACGAAUGGAAUGAGCGAAGGCAGAAGUAUUGUGGUGGGAGACUCUCAAGGGUGGCGUGCCGGCACAAACUACACAGACUGGGCCAUCCGAAACAGCCCCUUCCGCAUAAACGACACACUGGUGUUCAAGUAUGCAGCGCCGGCGGAAGGGAGGGCAGCUCAGAGCGUGUACGUGAUGCCGGACUUGUGGAGCUUCGUGACGUGCGAUUUCAAGCAGGCGAAGCUGGUGGGAAGCCCGACGGAGGGGAGUGGGCAGGGUUUUGAGGUUCAGUUGAGUCGACGGCAGCCUUACUACUUUGCUUCCGCCGAUGCCAAUGGCUACGACUGCAUCGCCGGUCUCACCAAGUUCGUCGCUACUCCCCAGCACCCCACCUCCCCUUUCAAUUAGUCUCUUCCAAUGAGUAUGAUCUCACCCAUCCCGUGUUGGUUGCUUUUACUUUCGUUGCUUUUGCCCACCAUGUUUUAAUUUCUCUGUCCAGUUCCCAAGCCAUGUAUUCCUUUUCCUUCCAUUAUCAAACUAUGAAUUCCUGGGUAUUAUUUUCAA